UAAGAUUGUAAAGUUAUUAUUAUUAUUACUUUUGUGGAAUGGGAAGGUUCCAUGGAAUGUUGUUCAUGUGUCAUCAUCCAGCUCAGUUCAGUUCUUCUCAUCCAGUAGUGUCAGAAAUCAGAAGAAUACAAAGAGGCAGAAUAGAGAGAAAUCACUUAUGUUUGAAUUCAUUCCUUUAAGAAAAUGAUCUGUAGUUGUGAAGUGUUGUUAGUGUAAAGGGAAAUUUGGCAUAAUUUCAAUGAAUAGGCCUACAAAAACACAACACUCAAUGUUGGAGAUGUAGGAACGCUGUCCAGGGCAUCUUCUUCUAAGGUUUUUUCUCCAGAAUGGUGUUCAUGCACACUAACUGGACUAACUGGAAAACUUUUAGCCUGGUGUGUUAUUGAAACCUAAAGCUUGGAAAACCCCUUUGCAGAAUUUUGUCUUUCCUCAUUCAAGCAGACAGGAUGUAUAAUUGCAUGACUAGAAAAUAAACUAUCAAGAUGAUCACCAAAACAAGUGACUUUGAUGCCAUCAGCCACUCUGCCACCAGGCAAAAAGACCACGACAGGUGGAUUUGAGGGCCACUAUUUUCAAAUAUUGUUUACUUUUAUCACUUUUCUCUUAAAUGAGCAUGCACAUGUUAAGUGAAGGAACUUUGUUUAAAUAUGUAUUGUAGCCAAAGGGAAAUAUGUGGUGGAUCAAGUUUGUGAGCCCCGACUCAGAACAUUUCCUUAAAAGUGUUCAUGACAAAGCAGGAGGUUAGAAAUAUUCUCUGAAUUCACUGCAACACCAGCGUGUCCUUGCCUUGGUGUCGGUUAAAAGCUUGAUCUUUGACUUAUACUGCUUAAUUUGAGAGAUCUUGGUAAUUCAUCAUCUCAUCCUCUUCAUCAUGACGCUGCUUCUUCAUGUGGUGAUGCUGUUUCUUCUCUCCGGUGGUUCAGCUGAAGUUGUGCAGAAUUUUGAACUCAAGUGUGGUCAAUUUUUUGCAGGUGGAAAAUCACCAACAACAUUUACUGGAUCUCAGCAGAUCUGCCAAACUCUACAUGGUGAUGAUUAUUAUGCCACAUAUUGUGAUGCAGGUGGAAAAUCACCAACAAGAUUUUCUGGAUCACAGUACAAGCAGAUCUGCCAAAAUCUAAAUAAUCGUUACUAUUAUGCCACAUAUUAUGAUACUAAGAACAGGAUCCCAGUGUACUCAGCCUACAAGUUUGAAGGGAGACUAUCCUGUGAAAGACCAAACAACUGGUACAUUGAACCUCAACUUGAUACUGAUAAUGCAUCACCAAACAUGUGUUUUGAGAACCAGAAUAUACAAGGACUUGGAGAACAUCAAGCUCUCAAUCGAAAUUAUGAUAACUCUCGCUACCACAGAGGUCAUCUGGUACCAGUCUACCACAGAAAUUCCCGGGAAUGUGUUGAAGCCACCUUCACUCUCACUAAUGCUGCUCCACAAAACUCCUCUUUUAACUGCGGUCAAUGGAGGGUACUAGAAAAAAACAUUUCAAACAAUCUAACAGGACAAUGUCUAGAAAUGUAUUCUGUUUUCAUAGUAACAGGGGUGGUACCAGGUCCUACAAAGAUUUCGGACAACAAAGUGAAUGUGCCUAGUCAUUUCUGGACUGCAUUCUGCUGCUUAGACCAGAAUAACAAAUGUAAAUUCUCAAGAGGGUUUAUUGGAGUGAAUGAUAACAAGAACAUCACUCCCCUGAACAUAACUGUGAAUGCUUUAAACGAAAGGUUGGCAGAGCUUUAUGAAGUCGAAUCUUUUAAGGUGUUUGAUAGCUCUACUGAACCAUGAGCAAAGAACUGAAAAUAUAGAGAAUUCAGAAUAACUCCUUAUUGAGCUAUUGUAAGAGAAAUUUUACCAAAUGUUUUCUUUUUCAUUUUUUUCUGACAAUGAUUGUAAUUAUCAGCAGAAUCACAAUGAGAAAUAAAGAAACUCAAUUUUUACAUAUAAUUCUCUUAAUCAGAGACAAUUAUGGUGUGUAUAAAUGAAGGUCAUCAUAUAUUACACUAAUAUGGAAUAAAGAUUGAUAUUUUGAUGGAAA